AGUACGAGAUUGGUCGCAAUUUAAUUUUUAUUUUGACAGUGUGUAAAAAACGUUGGAAAGAAUAAGACGAAGAUUUAUUUUCCACGAUUAAACUAACUCAAAUUGAUAAUAAAACGUGUAUAGAUAUUAGAUAGUGAGUUGUGAUUAUUGAAGAUUUGAAUUUUGAAGAGAUCGAUUUUUAUUUGGGUUAAAAAUUUGAAGGUUAUCUUUUACCGUGGUGAGGUUAAGAUUUUACCGUUUACUUGGCGCAAUUGGUUGUCGAGGAAAUGUCCCAAAUCGCCUUGAUAUGAAAAUUGAUACAGGUGUGACAUAAUGCCAGAAACGAUGGCCACAUUUCCAAAUAAAGACGAAGACAUCCCACCCGACAUUCAAAACUACUUCUCUUCCACAUCUAGUCCUAAAUUAACGCCAAAAUUAAACUGUGAUGAUCUAAAUUCAAAAUUGGGCGUUAAAACUGAAGACUCAAGCUUUUCUAGUUAUAAUUUAAAGUCAUCCAUUGAUAACGAUGAUAGUUUCCGAACGAGUUUAAAUGAUGAUGCAACUUUUGGUAGUUAUAGCACUAAUUUAACCGACGAAGCUUUUGGUAGUUAUGAAGCGAAUUUAGCUGGGUUUAAUAUUAAUGAUAAGAAUAAGAUAAUUAAAGAUAGUAAGUCGAAUCAGACUAGUUUUAGUGAUUUAUCAUCGUUGACGAUUUAUUAUAUUGAGAGUGAUGAUGAUGAUGAUGUUUUGAGGAAUAAUAAUGUUGAUGCCUCGACUGAAACAACAUCAACUAAUUUAAGUUAUCGCUUAAGAAAAUGUAUUUCUGAUCCUGUUUAUAACAAUUCUAAUUCGGGUAAGAAAAUAAGGAAUUCUUUUCAUAAAGACUUAAACGAAGCUUUAAGUUCGCUGUUAUGGCAGCCGUACGAAUAUCAAAAUGUUGAAAGUACCGACGAUGAAAAUCAAGACGAAGAAGAAAUAGAGGAUUCUUCCAUCGAUUGCAGCGACCUUGAAGAUACGAACAAUGGUGAAGAAGCAGUGAAUAACCUGCACCGGCAGCAACGACAACAACGGCAAAAGCACCAGCAGCUACAGCAGCAACGCACGGACGAAGAAGAAGAGGGGGACCCUCAACGUCGGUCACGUGAUGGUUUGCCUCUCUCCAGAAGUAGGUUGAGUACGGCUCCCAACAACAGUUUUAGUGUGAGUUGCGCGAACGAAGGAUCCGCUGCGUUGCGCGUUCGUGAUGGUAUUUUUAGUGAAAUGACCGAAAAUUUAUCGGCAACCACCGAAAAGGUGAUCCAACAAAAUGGCGAAAACGCCACCAUCGCUUUGAGGAAUUUAAGCCAAGUGAAUAUCGUCGGAUUACCAAGCAACAGAUCAAACUUGAGGAACACUAACUCGUUAACAACGGGGCAGUUUAAAUACAACGCGAACGUUAAUUCGGCCAAUAUAGUUAAUUUAAAUAAUCACCACCAUCUUAACCACCACCAUAAUCAUCACCAUCAAAGGCACCACUCUCAAAUUGAAACCAAUCAACAACAAACAGUUCCUAUUAGUCAUAUUAGGAGCUUGUCGGUGCCGAAAAAGUUGGAUAAUAAUAAUUCGGGUGAUGAACAACGCAGAUUUCCUCCUAUUAAUGUCAGCAAUGUUAAUGUUAAUUAUUAUCGGGCGGUUCCUGCAAAUGUUGUAUCCACCGUUCCUCAAAUACAAUGUGUUACAUCCAACGAUUGUGUCUCAAACGUCAACAUCGUUCAAGCCAUGCCAUUAGGAUCAACGAGUUAUUCGAAUUUGGCACAAAAUCAACAAAAUCUCCAACAAUGUGCUGUAACAACUUUCGGAAGUAGCAUAAUCACGCAACACUUUCCAAGUGGAAACACUUACAACAUCACCUCUUCAGUUCCGAUUCAAGUUCAAACGAAUCAAAAUGUUUUUAGCACUAACACAACCGAAGUGACCAUUCACGGUCCUCCGAAUACGUCAAAUUCGAAUUCGACCAAUUUGAUUCAAUCGAAUCCGAUCCAAAGUAAUAAUAAUAAUCAUCAGAUUCAAAUUAUUAAUCGGCCAGCGGAAGUGACGAGAACUUUCACGUCGACGGAAGCCCAAACUGAUGAUACUUUGGGAUUACAACCGGAUGUUCAAACGCAAACAACGACGACUUCGACAUCAACGACGUCUAAUAAUCAAACGAGUAGGGAGCAACGAAGAAGGGAACGAAGGGAGAGGCGACAUCAUAGAAGAACGAAUAAUUCGAUUAAUUCAAAUAAUGGAAAUGGGAAUUUGUUGAUGCAUCAAAUUCAACAAAAUGAUCAUCGCCUCCCCGAUUUAUUAAACUCGCAUAUGCCGCCGUCUUAUAAUAAUUCAGUGCUUGGUGGUGGACCUCCCCCUAUGGUUAAUGGUGCCGGUUUAGUGAGUGCUCCUUUGGUGCAAACGAUGGUACCAAAUCCAAUCGUGGGUAGCCCCUUGGUCACUUUUCCUGGCCCCGUUGUUGCCGGGCAAGUGCCUCUCGUUCAACCCGGUCCUUUGCCAGUUCAAGUAGCUGCACCCAGCGGAUUUAGGUUUCCAUUUCAAGGAACUGGAUUUAGAAGGUCGAGAUACUCCGAGGAUUCGCCGAAGAGUUGCUGCGGUUUAUUGUCUAUGAAACCGGGUUCGUUAAGAUGGUUUAUCGCGUUAAUUGCUUUCGUGGCGGUUUGCUGUGUUCUCGUUGGUACCGUUUUGGGUGCAAUGCGAACGUCGGGGAGGGAUCAUCUAACUGUAUCGCUGCUUAUGAUUGGUGUUGGAAUCGUUUUAAUAACCGUAAGCGGAAUAGCAUGGAAAUUAACCUCUCACGAUUCCUCAACAUGUCGAUCCAUGCUCGGUUUGGGAUCCACCGAAUCGGUUGAUGCUUGCGCCCGACGUUUCGUGCCGCGAUUACCCCCAUCUUACGGCCGACCCCAUCAUCCAUACGCAGCGAUGAUGUACCCAGAAUUCCAAUAUCGCCCACCACCACCAAGUUACCAAGCUUCCAUGCAAGAGUACCGCCUAAGACUUCUCCUUUUGGAUCGGGGGCACACCCCUCAAAUCCAAGCGGGGAUUCAAAACGCGGUUUCGCCACCACCGACUUAUCGGAGUCACGCUGGAAGUUUAUUAAGGGCUCCUUUAUCAAGUAGAAGAGAUGCGCAAUCCGAAUAUAGUUGCCCCCCUUCGUAUAGAUCGCAAACGUCUUCAUCAAAUCGUCCAAAUGGGGCUAAUAACAACACUUUACCGCCAUCUUCAGUAUUACAUAGUAGGGCGCAAUCGUUGAGUUUAUCCGAAUCGAAUCACGAAUCGGUUAACGUUGUUCUUCAUAACGCUGAGGAGGAUAUCGGGUUGGAUAAUAUCACUUUGGACAGUUUGAAAAUGGAACCAGAACCGGAAUUGAAUCCGUUAAAAAUGUUAUUGAAAGGGAGUACGAGUGAUUUGGAAGGGAACAAAGAUGGGAAUUUGGUGACGAUCGUGCAAACGAGCGAUCAAAGCCCGGUUAUUGUGACGGUUAGCGGAAGCUCGAAUACGGAGGAGUUGAAUUUGCAAACCACUGACAUUCAAUCAGAAAUGCAAAUUUUAGCCCAUUUAUAGCUAGAACCAAACAGUUUUUAUUGUAUUAAUUUUUUUUAAGCGAAAUCAAUUAAUGUUAUGGGUAAAUUAAAUUAAUACAAUCAAAAACUGAUUAAAUUAACGAUUAAAAGAGAGAUUGUGAAUACUUUUUUUUUGUAAAUUCGUGUAAAUAAUUUAUUGUAAUAGUAAGUAGAUAAAUUGCGAUUAUUAUUGUGUUUUUUCUCGUAUUUUACCAACCACCAGUGUAUAUUUUAAUGAUUAAUUCUUAUUUCAUCAAGUAGAAUGGUAAAUAAACUUUGUAUAUUUGAAAUACUGUGCCUAUACUAAGUAAUAAAUAAAAAAACUGAGAUAAUGUAGAUAUUGUUGUAAUAUACGCAAACAAAUCAUAUUAAAGAUUUUUUUUAUAAUAAAUUAAAAAAAUUAUAAA